GCAAACUGUAUUUUACAAAAACAAGGAAACAACAGCCUUCAGGGUUUCUUUGCUGGUGUCAACUUAGAGGUGAAAUGCUUCGCUAUUAUAACAAUAUUACCGCAAAUUCCUCUAUUGAACCGCCUACUGGUGAAAGAUUGAGYCUAAAUUCUGUUUCRGGAGUGCUUUUUAUGCUUUUUUACAUCGCUGUUUUUCUAACGUCCAUGGUCGGAAAUUCGUUAGUGUUGCUGGUUUGUUUCAGAAGCCUUAAAAAGCAACGCAACGAAGAGACAGCUCGAGAACACUUUUUUAAUUUGUACAUAGCAAACUUGGCGAUUUCAGACUUACUUUUUACAUUUUUGACAGUAUUUGAUGCCCUGUAUGCCAUCAGUAAUGAGUGGAGAACUGGAAGCUUUACUUGCAGAAUUCAAGGUUUUCUUGUUGAGACUUGUUACACUGCGUCCAUUUUAACUCUGUUGGCGAUAAGUCGUGAACGGUUAACUACUGUAACUCGCGUAGCAAUAAACCAACAAUUACAAAAGAGCAAAGAACGUAAACUUAUAGUAAUAACUGUUUGGWUGGCCUCGUUUGCCGUUUGUUCGCCGUUGAUUUACGCCUAUUCCACGUACUUUGACGAGAGAGAGAAMGUUUUUAAGUGUCACAAUUUAUCGUGGGGAUAUAUUGCAAGACGAGUGUAUUAUACCAUCACAGCUGUCCCACUUUUUCUUGUCCCACUUGYAUAUAUGAUAUUCACACACGUCCGAAUACAUCAAGUUCUCAAGUCCCARGUUGUYCCUAGUGAGCAAAUGGAACGAACCAUCAGAAAACGUCGGAAAAAAGCAAGCCGGAUGUUGGGGAUGGUAACACUUAUGUUCUUCAUACUUUGGUCGCCUUUUGUUGUUUUUCGUACUCUUCGUUAUUUCGAUUGGUACAAUGACUUAGAGCCAUGGAAAAUGUCUCAGCUUUUAACCAUAGCUUCCUCAGCUGCAAAUCCGUUUGUAUAUUGUUUCUACAGUAUACAGUUCAGGAACUAUUUAAAGACAAUUAUAGCAUGUAGAUGUGCAAAGUUUAUCACUGGUUAUGCUUCGGAUGGAUCGACAACACUCGACAACUCAAUCAACUAAAAUUCAUAAAUAGGCCUAUAUACGUUGAAAAUACCGUUUUACUUCAGAAAGUUCUCCAAAAAGAUUAGAAUCCAUACUGAGAAURAAAAACUAAAGGCAAGCAUCAAAAUGAAAAUAAGGCUACUUCUUCCGACUAUUCAUUGCGCAACAACAAACGGACGAUUCUUAUACACCAUUUUCAACAAAUACUUUAUCAAUGAAAUUUUCUGCGAAUUUCUUGAAAAAGGUCUUUUCUAUUAUUAUAGUUAUUUAAAGUACAAUACGAGAAUAAGGGGAUUCACAGAAGUUUCGCUUUCUGCUUUUUAAAGUAGCAGAAAUCGUCUUUGACAAAUCAAUCUGAGGGGACGUCCGCACUGUAAACUAUGGACGGGAAGUUCAGUUCCGCUUGCUCCUUUGUUAAAGUAAAUCCGUUUAGUCAAGAAAUAAAGACUUGUACAAAGUAACUACCUUAUAAUUAUAAACGUUCAAUACAGUAGUUUUCUACUUAUAAACACGCGCGAGCCUGUCAGAUCAAAAACUGGUUUAUCAUGUUUCUGGGCUUACUCCAAAAUCUCUAGGAAUUGGAAAACAUUCUUCCAUGAUAGCAAAAUAAACAAAGAAAAAUUUGCAAUUCAGAUGAAAUAAUUAAAAACAUAGUAGACUCAUCUUUCAUAUCGGCAUAUCAAACUUUAAAAUGGCAGUCCAAAAUAAUUUGACCAAAACACUUCAUAUCAAAAGUUCUUUUUUCCUCGAUAUUUAGGAUUUGWGUAUCGUUUUAUGUAAUCUUUAUUCAUAAAUCUUCGGAAAUCCCAUUCAACAUUUUUGAUACGUGAAAUUAUUAGAUUUUAUCAUAUAAUUAUCUAUAAAAAAUACCUAUAUUUCUCCAUUUCAUAAAGUUGAUAUUUUCACUAUAGUGAAAACGACAUGUGAAAAUAACACUACAUUCGAGGUUUAUCUAUGUAGUGGAAGUAAGAAAAAAGAUAUUUUACGACAUAAUUUGAUAACUGCAGAAUAUUACAUGGACGCUUGGAGAUACGAAUUUUAUCUUCUCGUGUCAAARAUCUCUCAUUUCUUCCAUUGUACAUUGUUUACCCUAGCUGAUUUUGAUGUAAAUACAGAUUUUCAUUUAUAGAAAUGCUUUGACUCAGCCAAAUCAGCAAAAAGAUUUUUAAUAAAACUUUGGACAUUUAUUUAUUUCUAGAAAUAUUGUAAUUUGAUAAUGCAAUAAAGAUGCCGAUAUAUAAUUAMAAAAGUCAUAAAUAUGACCGCUGGCAAAGAUAAAGUAAAUCGUAAUUCAUCAGAAGCGACUAUAAGAUUAUCAGAAAAUCCAUAAAAUACAGAAAGGAUUUUCCAAUUAAAUCUAGCAGUUUAUCUUCAGCUUUUCAAAUAUAUUACAAUUUUUAACUGACAUCUGUUCUGUUUG